AUGCUCUCUCAAGCUUUCCCAAGGCUCGUCAGCAGGGCUGCAAGAGUAUCACCCAUUGGCAAGGCUCGAUUCUCAUCACAAUCAUCUCCCUCAGUACCUUUCUUAGCAUCAAAAACAGCCAUUGGAACGUCAACUUUAUUAGCAGCAGGUUCAUUAGCAUGGUACAAUCAUUUAUACGGUACAAGCUCUUUAUUACCUGAAGCCUCAGCAAAUUCAGCCGCUGAAAAUGGUAUGCAUCCUACCACAUGGCCAUUUGAACAUUAUGGUCCUUUCGAGACUUUUAACCAUGCCAGUAUCAGAAGAGGUUAUCAAGUUUACCGAGAAGUCUGUUCAGCUUGUCACUCCCUCGAUCGAAUCGCUUGGCGAAAUUUGGUCGGUGUAUCUCAUACCGUAGAUGAAGCCAAAGCUAUGGCUGAAGAAGUCGAAUAUACCGAUGGACCAAAUGAUGAAGGAGAGAUGUUCCAACGACCAGGAAAGCUCGCAGAUUACAUGCCUGCACCUUACCCCAACGAAGAAGCCGCUCGAGCUGGUAACGGAGGUGGUCUUCCCCCAGAUCUUUCACUUAUCGUAAAAGCUCGACACGGAAACGCCGAUUACAUUUACUCUCUUCUUACUGGAUACUGUGACCCUCCCGCUGGUGUUAAACUUGCAGAGGGUAUGAACUACAACCCUUACUUCCCAGGUGGUGGUAUUGCUAUGGCCAGAGUAUUGUUCGAUGGUUUAGUUGAGUACGAUGAUGGAACCCCCGCUACAUCCUCUCAAAUGGCUAAAGAUGUUACCGUUUUCCUCAACUGGGCAGCUGAACCUGAACAUGAUCAAAGAAAGAAGAUGGGUUUACAAGCUUUAAUGAUUCUUUCAACUUUAACCGCUAUUUCACUUUACGUCAAGAGAUUCAAAUGGUCAUACCUCAAAACCAGAAAGAUCGUAUAUGACCCCCCUAAGCCCGCUAGACACGGUCCCCUUUAA